GAUAUCUUUGUACAUGGGUUCUGAAUCUGAUGAGAGGAGGCGUUGUUUGGUUCAGAAAAAUAAAAAAUUUCUCACUCUCCCUCACUCACAGCUUCUGUUCCCAAAACCAGCAACACAUCUCAACACACGCACGUACACCGGUACUCUCUCUCUCUUCUUCUACAGAAUAAUCACCAGAUCCAAACAGAUCUCUAUGUUCUCUGCAUUUCUAUUUCCCAACCAAACUCUUCUGAUCCAUCAUCAUCUAUCAGAAAGCCAUGAAAGUCCUCUGCUUUCUCUGUCUUCUUCUUCAAACCAAACUCUGCUUCUCUUCCACAACCCAAAUGCUGGUUUUGCCACUCAAAACCCAACUAAUCCCAUCUGGGCCCCUCUCAAGACCUCCAAACAGGCUUCCCUUCCACCACAAUGUCACUCUCACCGUUUCUCUCUCAGUCGGCACACCUCCACAGAACGUUACCAUGGUCCUCGACACGGGCAGUGAGCUCUCAUGGCUUCGCUGCAACUCGACCCGCUUUUACCAACCCGCAUUCGAUCCGACUAAGUCCUCCUCCUACUCACCCAUCACUUGCUCCUCACCCACCUGCACCACCCGGACCCAGGAUUUCUCCAUACCCGCUUCCUGUGAUACUAACAACCUCUGCCACGCCGUGCUAUCCUACGCCGACGCCUCGUCCUCGGAGGGAAACCUCGCGUCAGAUUUGUUCUCCAUCGGAGGAGGAUCGGAAAUCAGCACCACGGUUUUCGGGUGCAUGGAUUCCGGUUACAGCAGCAACUCCGAUGAAGACUCGAAGACUACCGGGUUGAUGGGUAUGAACCGCGGGUCUCUCUCAUUCGUUUCGCAAAUGGGUUUUCCUAAGUUCUCUUACUGCAUCUCGGGUUCGGAUUUUUCGGGGCUGUUACUCUUCGGUGACGCCAAUUUUACGUGGGUCGGGCCUUUGAAUUACACUCCGUUAAUUCAAAUCUCAACUCCAUUGCCUUACUUUGACCGGGUUGCGUAUACGGUUCAACUCGAAAGGAUCAAAGUUUCGGAUAAAGAACUGCCACUGCCGAAAUCGAUAUUCGAGCCGGAUCAUACUGGAGCUGGUCAGACCAUGGUUGAUUCAGGUACCCAGUUCACCUUCCUUCUUGGCCCGGUUUACAGUGCUUUGAAAAAAGAAUUCUUGAACCAAACAUCUCGAAUUUUGCGGGUUUUGGAGGAACCGAAUUUUGUUUUUCAAGGUGCAAUGGAUCUUUGUUAUCGGGUGCCCACGAGUCGACCCACAUUGCCUCAGUUGCCAACGGUGAGUUUGGUGUUUCGGGGCGCCGAGAUGAUGGUUUCGGGUAAGCGGUUGUUGUAUCGGGUACCGGGUGAAAUCAGGGGGAGUGAUUCGGUGUAUUGCUUCACAUUUGGGAACUCUGAUCUGAUGGCCAUGGAGGCAUACGUGAUUGGCCAUCAUCAUCAGCAGAACGUGUGGAUGGAAUUUGAUCUUGAGAAAUCCAGGAUUGGUUUUGCUCAGGUACAGUGCGACUUAGCUGGUCACAGAAUCGGUGUAUAACUGCUGAUCACAUGAUUGAUCAUGCAAUCCCACAUCAAGCAGUGAUUGGAUUUAAUGGCUCGUGGUGUGAUUGAUUCUAUAACAGUGUAUGGUACUAGGGCCCACGUUGUUAACGGUAGUGCAACCUGUGGUCCAUCCCCUUGAUCAGUAGUGAUUCUUUGAUCAAACGGCAAUACUUAAGGGGAGAGAAAUGGGAAAGAAGGUUGUUCUUCUACACUCUGUACAUUAGAUGUUUUUGUUCAUGCUGAUUAAAAUAUGAUAACAUUAAUUUUUUUGGACAAAGUUUUGGUAGGAAA